AUGGAUGCUGUAGACGCUGUUCGUCAGCCAAUAACAUCAGAGCAACCUCAGCGUCCGGUGACGCAAUUGAUUCCCAUAGAGCCUGAGGUCGUCGAUUUCUUAAUUCGUCUACACGACAACUUGUAUCGCAAGAAUGCGGAUGCAAUCAAGAAUUUAUACGAACAAGAUUUGAAUACUAUAACGGAAAGAUUCUUUAAGAGUUCCAGAUGGCCAUCCAUAUCAGAUGUGGCAGGGUUUUAUAGCCAAUCUGGUCGCUUCCACAGCCUUAUAAUGGCAUUAUAUUCUGAAAUUUAUUAUAGGCACGCCUUUUAUUUGGGUGAAGCAAGUUUUGAGGAUAGGGUAGACUCUUGGAACAAAUAUGUUCGUCUUUUGAGUUAUUUUAUAGAGGAAUGCGAUAAUCCGGAUGGAAGUGAAGGAUUAGAUAGUCUUACAAUACCGGCAUCAUGGGUUUGGGACAUGCUGGAUGAAUUUGUAUAUCAAUUGCAAGAAAGCUGUCGUUGGAGAAGUCGCUUAUUUUCCUCAAAGGGAUCAGCUAGUGUAGAAUCCGAUGAGGGUAGCAGCUCACUUCAAACAAAAAUGGAGGAAGCUGAAAAUAUAUGGUCUGUUCCUGUGGCCCUUGAAUUGUUACACAAGCUCGCAAAUAAUCCCGUUUUUAAGGCUGCUUGCCAAUCUACCAAGGAGGUAUCUGUCGAUUCCACAACUCUAAACUAUCAGUUGGGAUAUUUUGCUUCGAUUUCUCUUUUGAGGUUACAUGUGUUGCUGGGUGACUACUACACAUCACUGAUUAUGGCAUCUAAUGUCGAUUUAUCACCAAAGAGCUUAUACUGGAAGAUUCCAGCAUGCCAUGUUACACUUGUCUACUAUUUGGGUUUUUCAUUUAUGAUGUUGAGGCGCUAUAAUGAUGCAAUUAGAAUAUUGUCUCAGUUACUGAUUUUCUUAACAAAACAGAGAAGUUAUUUAGUUUCUCAGAGUUAUCAACAAGGAUAUAUGAGCAAACAAACUGAGAAGAUGUAUUUGAUUAUCAUAUUAUGUCAUGUUACAACCAAGAUAAAACUUGACGAAACAAUUUUACAGACAAUUAAAGAACAAUAUGCCAACAAAUUUUAUCAGCUACAAGUAGAUAAUGAAGAGGCCUUUAGAGAUGUAUUUCUGAAAGCAUGUCCAAAAUUUAUAGAUCCAUCCAUAACCAUGCACAAAGCAAGUGAUGGUACCACAUCGUCUAUAAAUGAACCGAUACAGCGCCAGGUUCAAAUAUUUUUGGAGGAAAUUAAUAAGCUACGCAAGGUUGAUGAGAUUUAUUCGUAUGCCAAGCUGUAUCAUAAUAUAAGUUUGACGAAAUUGGCAUCCCUAAUGAAUAUUGGUGAUGAUAAAGAGGUUCUAAGGUCUUAUAUCCUCUGCGUCAAACACUUGGUGCGACAGUUUGUUUCCAAUUCUUACUCUUUUUAUCAUGCUGAUGCUUUGCAAUCGUUUGGUGAUAGAGACGAUCUUUACAUUGACCAGAAUGUGUUACACAUAAAGAGCAAGCAACAUCAAAAGAUAUAUGCGGAAUAUUUCCUUCAACAGAUUAAUAAGUGCAGACAGACAUUACACAACUUACAGAGUAAGAAGGAUGAACAGCGAAACAAAAAGGAGGCUACGAAUGAUAGCUAA